ACGAUUCAACUUUUUUUCUCAGUCAAACUAAAUAAUUUGCUUUUCCUAUUUGUAAAGAUUAUAUCUUGGAUAAUUAGGGCUUUUAAAAUUAUUCACAUGGAAUGAUGAUUUAAAUGCAUAAAACUGUGCAUUUAUCUUGAUCUGUAAAAUUGUCACAAUAUCAAUACCAAUGUUAUUAAAAUUGUAUUCUUGGUGUGUAUGCAGAUUCUUAAUCAUGUUAUACCUGAUAAAGGCUGAAUGGAGGCAACUGGAUUCUUAUGUUUGUGGAUUUUUUUCCGCAUUUGAAAACAUUUAAAUAUGAAUGAGGCACCGGUGCUAUUAGCUGUCAACAAUAUACAUCCACUGACAGUUAAUUUUUUUUCUGUAAUAUUUAAAAAAAAAUAGCCAAAAUAAUGAUCGUAACAUAUAAAGAGCUUGUUGUAAAAUAAGUUUGUAGGCUGUGAGUAUUGUCCUUGACAGCGACUACAGCAUAUAUAUAUAUUUUCAAUUUCAACUUUGUCAUCACAUUUUAUUGUCGGUAAAUGACCAACAUUACAAUUUAGGAUUUUUUUUUUUCUGAUUAAAAAAUUUGAAACCAUUUUUUCUUCAUUUUUCUCAUCCCUUUUCAAUCCUAUGUGAGAAACUGAAUACUUAACUUCCUAUUUGUCCCUUUCAUCCCAUCAGCUUCCAUCCCCUCCAAGAUGAACUCGAGUGGUGCGUUCGCACCCCCGCUGUGGUACCAAUACCAAAUGUGCGCCGUGGCCCCGUACGGCUUUGUCUUUUACUACGGCAUCAAGGUGUUCAACCUGGUGGUUGGGGCCCCCUGCAACGGCCUGGUCAUUUGGCAGAUCGCCGCCAAGAAAAGCAACCCUUGCACCUCGGACGUGUUCAUCCUCAACCUGGCUAUCCUGGAUGCGUACUUCUGUCUCAUGAUGCCCACUGAGCUGCUCAACUCGCUGCUGCUGGACGACGCGCGGAUCUGGUACCUGCAGAGGUUCUCGUAUGGAGUCAAGGACGCGGGGGUGCUCUUCUUGGUGUGUGUCUGCCUGGACCGUUACAUGGCGGUGGUCCACCCCAUGCUGUUCGCCAGCAUCCGGGACCACAAAAUCCGCACGGGCAUCUCGCUGGUGGCGUGGGCAGUGAUCGCGGCGUACGCCCUGGCUAAAUGCAUCCUCGGCUCCAUGAGCGUCAACGGCGUGUUCAGCGGCGUGGUGCUCUUCGCCCUGGCCGUCAUGGUGCUGUGCAACAUCUCCGUCAUCUGGGUACUGCGCCGCUCCGUGGCCGGCAAGGAGGUCAUGCACCCGGCCAAGAAGAAGGCCCUCAAAAUGGUGCUCAUCGCCCUGGCCAUCAUCGUGAUCAAUUACUUGCCGCCCGUGCUCAUGCCCUUUGCGCCUUACUACUCCCUGAUGCAGUUCCGCUGCCAGAUCAGCAUCAGCGUGUACUCCAUCAUGGAUAUGAGCUGCAGCGUGGAGCCGCUCCUCUACGUCACCAAGAUGGAGUGCGUGGGUGGUCGGGGCUGCGGGUGCUGCGUAGCCAGCGCGCCACACCACGUCGACGUCUGAUGUAUAAACUAACGGACUAACAAUGGUGCAUACGCGCCUUUUGGCAGCCAUCUUCCGUUGCCAUCGUACUAAGCCCUUCGAACUUGAAUAUUUAUUUCUUUGAGAGGUUUUCAUGUUAUUUUCUCUCGCCCCGGCAAGAAUGCCGCAGUUCAUCAAUAACCUAUGUGGAAUAUGUUUAUGCGCUGCUUGCUCCCUGGUGACCAGCGUUAGAAACCCUCGCAGCAGGACAAUCCUCAUUCAAUUAUCAGGAUUCACACAAACGGUAAUAAUGUGUUGUCCUUGCAUGUUUUUAUAAAGUACAACAUUUUAGUGUACUAUUUUUGUUUUUGGGGUUCUCAAGAUGACUUAGAUGCAAGUCUUGUAUGAUGACAGGAAA